UUUACCGCUCCUCUUUAAUGUAAUCGUGAUCCACCAGUAGCAGCAUCAUCUCACGAUUAAUUCCUUCCCAUAAUGCCUCGCGUUAGUGCUCGUUGGCGCUGUCUGUGGUGCUGAAGCUGCUCUCGCCGGCGGCAAGAGUCCUCCUGCUCCAGCAUCACCUCCAUGCAAAGGCGUUACGCGCUGGUCAACGCGAGACAACCGCGAUCACCCAUUAGUUUAUGUUCUUUGUCUCAUUCAACGCGUUUUAAUAGUCGGGAAUCUCUAGUGUUGUAUUCACAUCCUUCCUGGCAGAUACUACCCGCUCGCGCUUGUGUUUUUCGGCUCCCGUUUGGCUCGUAUCCUUUAUGCACAGCACGCUGCUCCAGCCCUUAAAGAGAACACAGGCAUCCGUGUCGGAACAGCAUGGCUUCCUGAGCGAGAUGGAAGCGAAGCAGCACUCGAUCAAGAGCCUGAAAAGCUAUCCGGAGGCUGGGGGCCGGAGUCUGGCGGCGGCGGCGGCGGGUGGGGACGUCGGCGGCGGAGGUGGAGGGUAUCGCGUCGGCGGCGCGGAGAUGGAGAUGGAGGCGAAAAUACAGAAAGCGAUCGACUUCAAACUGGAGGGGCACCGAUGCUACAAGGAGAAAAAAUUCCGGGAAGCAAUUGGGAAAUAUCACAGGGCGCUGUUGCAGUUGAAAGGGAUCCAUGUCGUCGACGGGACCACCGGAUCCGAGGUGAACCUCCUCAACCAAGCCGCGGCCAAGCUGACAGAAGAGCAGCGGCGAUCGGUGGAGAGCACCGAGAUCGAAUGCUACGACAGCCUGACAGCGUGCUUGCUGCAGUCGGAGCUGGUGAAUUACGAGCGGGUUAAGGAAUACUGUUUGAAGGUCCUUGGACACCAGCAGGAUCACUUUAAGGCCAUGUACCGUGCUGGGAUUGCCUUCUACCACCUGGGAGACUACGAGUGUGCCCUGCGUUACCUACGCGAUGCCAAGUGCCGUGAACCCACAGACACAAACGUGCUGCGAUACAUCCAGCUGACGGAGAUGAAGAUGAGUAAGACCGGUCAGCAGGUGCGUGAGAGUGGGAAAGAGUCAUUGGGUUAAUUCGACCCAACGCCCCCUCUCCAUGCCACACCCUAACCCUGAUAGAAAACCUCUCUUCUCGAGUCUCUCCCCCUUUUCCCACAAUGCCCCCAACCCUUGGACAACCAGGAUACAUGUGCUGCGCCCCUCUGAAAGCAGACUCGAAACGGGCACAGCUACAGCACAGCACCCCGCGACUGUCUUUUCUCGCUCUGAGAUUUUUCUGUCCCUUUAAAUCCAAUGUCCCCGGUGCUUUCCAUUUCCCAGGUAUUGAGAAUUUGACUGACGAACAAAGAACACGAAGACGGCAAAAGAAGAAAUGCUGUAUUAUACCGAUAUAAACAAUGGGGGCUGACAUUAAAACUUAAAAUUACAUAAGGAAAUCAAAAUGUGGAGAAUUGAACCUGUAGGUAGAGAAUAGAGUGAAAGCACACGUAUCAAAGCCACACUGCUACUUAAGCGCAGAUGAUGAAGGUCGACGAUUAGGCUAGUGACCUUUGAACUCACUCUGAUCCAUUGAGAAACACUCUCUCUACUCAAUACAGAGGAGAAGCUGAGAGGUCAAUGUUCAAUUCACGCUCACCUGCCAACGCCUGUUCUGUCUCCUUUUUCUCUCUCUUGAAUUUGGGCAUAUCUCAACGCAAUUUCUGAACUGUUUCAAUUCAAGGGCUAAUUCAAGUGUUUGUAAUUUGUCCUUUGAUAUCGAUUUUGUUUUGCCUCUCGGUUUGCUGUACUAUAGUGGUUUGAGCAAGUUGUUAUCUUUCCCUUUCUCAAAGGUACAACAUCCUCCGUACUAAUGUUAGCAGGUGUUUUGUGAACCUUGUUGUCCAUUUCCCUUGUAUUGGAUUGUCGCAUAGCCCCUCCCCUGAUGAUGUCACAAUGGUUAUGCAGCCUGUUGGAAUAUUAUUAACUAAAGGAGCCAUAUUAAAAACUCUUGUGUUUCUACACGAAACGGGAUGAACAACAUCUGAAGUGCUCGAUAGAGGUCUGCUAAGCUUCAAUAAUGUAUCUACCCCAAAAGAUCAGUGUUAAGUAAAAGGACAAAAAUACUCUGAGAAUUGUAGUUUUGACAACCAUUCAUGUUUUACGGAAGCGUUACGCGUUUGUCCUCUUCUUAAUGUUAUGCUUUAUUGAGCUUUGUUAUGGAAACUAAUGAUGUUUUGUUACGAGGCAGAGGAUUCAUUUGAAUGCGGAGACGCCUUUGACAGCACAUGUCAUUCUGAGUCUGGUUUGGAUUAAUGGCUUUGAGGAGAUGGGGACAGACAGAUGAAAUUAUCCAUCUGACCUAAUAGAAGACAGAUUUAAUUGUGUCAGUGGGACUCUGGGGAUGUUGUGCCAUGGUUUUCGAUUGAGAAGACAGACUGAUGAGAUUCAGAGCCAUACAGGCCAUACAACCCCAUCUCGUUGUUGCAGUGGCACUUGAGGAACAUGGUGAUAAAAUUAGGUGAAUUCGGUUAUUUCCUCUUAAUUUAAAAAAGUUUUAUACUUACCGUGAGUAGAGCUUUUAGUGAAUAUGCAAUCAAGACUCAUAUCUUCUGAUUUAUUCCACAUGCAGCAGGUUGCCUUCUCAUGGGCUGCCAUGUCUAAUAAUAAUAAUAAAGACAACAAUAUCAAUAAUAAUAAUUAUUAGUUAAUUAUUAUGUAGUACUUUCUUAGUGCUCAAAGGACAGAAAUGAAAAUGAAGUGAAUAGUAGUUGAUACACACACAAAUUAAUACAUCCACACUACUAGGUGUCAGUAUAUGCUUCUCUGGGAACUGAACAUAAACAAAAACCUAUUGCGUGCACCUUUUAAUGCUCAAAUCAACUCUUGAUAGUGUAGUCAUGAACAGAUCGGCAAGAGAAAUCAAGUGAUCUCUUUCUGUGCUGUUCUAACCCAAUCUCAUGAGAAAACGUAACUAUUUUACGAGGUGCCGAUUUUGCAUGAAUUCAUACGAUUGGCUAAAAAACGUGAGAUUUUUACCAAAACGUAAGCAUUAAAGAGAGAGUUCAACUAAAAAAUGAAAAUUCUGUUGUUAAUCGUCAUCAUGUCAUUCCAAACUCGUAAGACUUUCGUUAAUCUUCAGAACACAAAUAAAGAUAUUUUUGAUGAAAUCCGAGAAUUGUCACACCCUGCACUGAUAGCAAUGCAACUUCCAUGUACAAGGCCAAAAAAGAUA